AUGAGUAGCCCUAAGCGGAGAAUUGAGACAGACCUGACCGUUGGCAGGAUGUUGAUGAGUGACUAUGAGGUGACUUUGGUCAACGAUAACAUGCAAGAGUUCUAUGUGCGCUUUAAGGGCCCGGAAGAGACACCCUUCGCUGGUGGCCACUGGAAGAUUCAUGUCGAACUACCUGACCAAUACCCAUACAAGAGCCCAAGUAUUGGCUUUGUUAACCGGAUCUUCCACCCGAACAUCGAUGAGCUGUCGGGCUCCGUCUGUCUGGAUGUCAUAAAUCAAACAUGGUCACCUAUGUACGACAUGAUCAACAUCUUCGAAGUCUUCCUUCCUCAACUCCUGCGCUACCCGAACCCUUCGGAUCCUCUGAAUGGCGAGGCAGCGGCCAUGCUCAUGAGGGAGCCAAAAAGCUACGAAGCAAAGGUGAAAGAAUACGUUGCCAAGUACGCCAGCAAAGAGGCUGUCGACGAGGCCGGCGAAGACACCGAGUCAGAAGACGAACUGAGCUCGGCCGGCAGUUACGAAUCCGGUGGCGAAGAGCCGGCCGGCACAAUGGACGAUGUUUAG